AUGCGGCUGUGGCGCAGCAUCAAGGGGCAGGACUUCCUGCUGUACGACCCGUACUGCCGCCAGGUGCAGUACGUGUACGAGCCGCUGCACGACGAGCACCUGGCCGAGUUCUUCCGCAGGCCCGUCAACCGCAAGCGGGUGCGCGACGCCGGGCUGCUGACUGCCGACGGCGACGGCGCCGUCUGCACGCUGCGCCAGUACAACAUGUACCGGCAGUACCUGCACCGCCUGCACAUGGACGCCGUCGACAAGGAGCGCGAGCUCUGGGACUCGCAGGACCAGGGGCGCAGCGUGCUGCGGCAGGCGGAGGCGCUGGCCAGCCGGGACUGCGAGCGCGCCGUCGCCCGCAAGCUGUACGUCAUGAAGACGGCGGGCCGCCGCGCCGAGCAGCAGGCCGCGCUCCAGGCCAAGAUAGACGCGUGCGUGGCGCGGAUGCGGCGCUACGACGCGCGCGUGGAGCAGCUGCAGCAGCAGCACGAGCUGUGGGUGCGCACGCUGCCGGCGCGCGUGCACGCGCUGGACGAGCGCAUCCGCGCGCACUGCAGGGCGGCGCACGAGCGCGAGAGCCGGCGCGUGGCGGCCGUGCUGCGCGCGCGCAGGGACCGCGACCAGCAGUACGAGGAGCGACAGCGCCGCCGCCGCGAGGACCGCCUGCACGAGAAGCGCAUGCGCGUGCAAAUGCUCACCAGAAUUAAAAGAGAACGAUUGGCAAAACUGAGAGGUGAGAAGCCCCCAGAUAUUGUUAAAGCUAUAACCAAAGUUCUGGAGGAGACACAGAAAUCUGCUGUUCAUCUGCAGAGUCCAUGGGUUGUGGAAAAGUUUGUGCGUGCAUCACUGGCUGAAAAGAAACCUGGAGAUAUUGCAGCAGUACUCCACGGAGUCAAAAAGAAGCUUGAAAGAGCUUCACACCUGCCAGAGCAGGUACUGUUCACCCUGGAUGCUCUGUUAGAGGGUGUUGUAAAAGAAUUUGUCCUCAAAGGAUUGGCAUCGAUGGUGACUGUGACGAUUGAGAAAGCACUUGAACUGGUAUGUAAGAUUACAUUAAUAUGGCCAAUAACCCCAAACUUAUCACUUGCUAUAAAUAGUUAG